AUGUCUGAAUAUAAUAGUAACCUUGAAUUCUGGAGAAAUAAAGUUGAAUUCUAUUAUUUAAUAUUCAUCAAUUAUUUAUUUAUAAGGAGUUUAUUAUUGCUAGAUACCAUUCUUGAAUAUCCCUUUUUAGAUGAAUUAUGGAAUAUGUAUAUAAAAUUUAAUGAACCUGACAUUGAUGAUACAAUUAUACAAUCUUAUGAAUAUUUAUGCAAUGAUGUUCCAACGCAAUCAACUGAAAACCCAGAAAAGCACAAUGAUUUCUGUAAAAAACUUAUAAAAAAUUUGGUUUCAUAUAAAUUUAAUGGAAAUUAUGAUAUUAAAGAUAUUAAUAAAUCUGAAGAUUUUAAUAAUUUUAUGAAAUUCUGUGGUUAUUUAAACAAUUGGUUAUAUUUUGAAAAUAAGAAAUGGAAGCUUUCUGAUGAAUUGAUAAAUGAUAUUUUCAAAAUACGUAUUGUAGAAAAUGGAAAAGUUAGAUUAAUCUGCCCUUAUUUUAGAAUUGAUAAAGACUAUAUUACAAAUGAAAAUCUAAUCGAUUUAUAUGUUUUUUCUAAUAAUAUUGAAAUAAUUAUGAAUAUUUAUGCAAAGGAAAUUGAAAAAGAUGAUUGUAUAUUCAAACAAUUUAUAUUGAAUUGUAUUUUAAUAUAUAAAUCAACAUGUGGAAAUUUUGAGAAUAUUACACAACUAAAACCUUCUGAUGACUAUGUAAAAUGUUUAAAUUUUAAAAAAUUUCUUUCAAAACUAACUGAAAUAAAAACAAAAUAUGGUUAUAUGCCAACAUUAAAUUCUAAAGAUAUUGAUAAAUUCUUAAGU